GUUGGAAUGAAAUAAGGUAAAUUUAAUCAAUAAAAUAGAGUAAUUAACCUAAACAUUUUACAGUAAAAUACCUAAUUCACCAGCAUAUACUAUGGGAUCUAGAAAAAAAGACAUAUUAAUCUUAGACACUCCAGGUCCUGGAUAAUAUAACCCUAUUAUUCCUUUUAGAUAAAGCCCAAGAGCAAUUAUGUCAGGUUCAAAAGACUCAUUCUACAAAAUAUCUGAUUCUCCAGGACCUGGAAGAUAUAAUCAAUUGUCUUAUACCACUCAUGGUUUCAAAUUUUCAUAAGAGAAGAGAUAAUUAACAAAUAAUUAUGAUUCUCCAGGUCCAGCAUAAUAUAAUUAAACAAACCAUUUUUUUUCACCUGCUUAUAUCAUUCCGAAAGCACAAAAAAAAGCAAAAUCAAAUUGUUAUGCUACUGGACCUGGAUGUUACAAUAUACCUCCAUUAAUACGAUCCAAUAUAGGUUUUAAAAUACCAAAAAGCUUGAGAUAAAAUAAAAUAGAUAUUUUACCUGGUCCAGGAGAGUACAGUUUAUAAGAAACUAAAAAAAAUGGUAUCAAAAUUGGAACGAGUCCAAGAAUGGAAAAGUCAAUGAUUUUAGGACCUGGUCCAGCAGAUUAUUCGCCUAGAAUUACAACUGAUACUUCUCCAAGAGCUAUUUUUGGUACUGCAUCAAGAGGAAAUAAUAAAAAAGAGAAAUCUCCAGGUCCAGGUUAAUAUGAAUUACCAUAAAGCAGAAGUGUUAGCGUAAGAUUUAUUAAUAAAAAAGUUUUCAUUUCCUAAAUAAAAUAUGUAAUAACAAUCGAAACCAUCAACUCCAUUCAGUUAUAUCAAUGAUUAUACUAGUCUCAGAAAAACAUCAAUGUCUUUUGGGAAGGCUCAUAAAGGAAAUCAAAAACAUGAAAUUGUUCCAGUAUGAAUUAAUCAAGCCUUUUUAGGGUCCCGGAUAAUAUAUUAUAGAUGGUUUCUUUAGAAGGAGAAUUAAAUCAAGAGAUGUGUCAAAUAUUUGA